GCCCACAGACCCCGGGGACUCAGCUGCUGUAAAUGGGACUUGGUGCUGGGCUGCCCACAGACCCCGGGGGCUCGGCUGCUGUAAAUGGGACUUGGUGCUGGGCUGCCCACAGACCCCGGGGGCUCAGCUGCUGUAAAUGAGACUUGGUGCUGGGCUGGGCUCCUCCGACAACUGGAGAGCUGAGAUGUCUCCGAGGCACAUCCCCAAUCUAGGAGGCUGUCUGCCCUAGCCACUUGAGAGGAAGUACACAGAGGACAAGUUGCAACAGUUACUGUACUUCCUUCAGGCCUCACUCUUGGGACGUGGCGACCAGCAGAAAGCAGCUUGGUGGUGGAGGAGUGCCUUGGUGGAGGGACGCCUGCCCUGGUCCAGGCACACCACAGAGGGUAGAUGCUCAGUGUGUCUGCACGGGCUUGCAUUUCUCCAUUAAAGAAAGAACAGCCGAUGUGCAUCCCCAGCCUUCCUGCGGCUGGAUUUAUCAGUGACCCCAUGGGCUCUGUGAAUUCCAGAGGUCACAAGGGAGAAGCCCAGGUGGUAAUGAUGGGCCUCGACUCUGCUGGCAAGACCACAAUCCUCUAUAAACUGAAAGGGAAUCCACUGGUGGAGACCUUACCCACGGUUGGUUUCAACGUAGAGCCUCUUGAAGCUCCCGGACAUGUGUCGCUGAUUCUCUGGGACAUUGGGGGACAGAGCCAGCUCAGGGCCACCUGGAAGGACUACCUGGAAGGCACUAGCAUCCUUGUGUAUGUGCUGGAUAGCACAGAUGAAGCCCGCUUGCCUGAGGCAGUGGCUGAGCUGGAGGAAGUCCUGGAAGACCCCAACAUGGCCGGUGUCCCUUUCUUGGUACUGGCCAACAAGCAGGAGGCUCCCGAUGCUCUUCCACUGCUUGAAAUCAGAAACAGGCUGGGCCUGGAAAGGUUCCAAGACCGUUGCUGGGAGCUCCGGGCCUGCAGUGCUCUCACAGGCCAGGGGCUACAGGAAGCCCUGCAGAGCCUGCUGCACUUGCUGAGGUCCUGCUGAGAUGCAGUAACCUGUGACUCCUCGAGGCUGGAGCAGGACAGAAGCUGGACAGGCAGAACAGCUUAUCCUUGCUUCUAGGAACAGGAAGGGCCAGCUGAUUCUUGAGAAACUGCAGCUCAGUUUACCACACAAGAAAUCCUUUUACUCUUGGACAGGAUAUUUUCUUCUCAGGACGUGUUCUUGGUGGCACUUGUGAUAAAAACCAACUGUUUUUUUUU